AAGCUAAUAAAUUCAAUUAAAAGACUCAAACGAUAAAGAUGAAACUCUGCUUGGCUGUGAUCAGUUUGCUGCUUUGCUGUAGCCUCAUAGUGGCUGAACGGGAAUGUCCUUUAAUAUGUCCUGCCAAUUACGCUCCUGUGUGUGGCGAAGCCAACGUUCGAGGUAAAAAAUUGCGCUGCGAAUUUCCAAAUUCUUGUGCCAUGGAUAGCAGUGCUUGUCGCGACAACAUCGAUUGGCGUUCUUCAAGCUGUCACAAUCUUUCACCGCAAUGUUCGAAGCUCAUGUGAAAUGACAAAUUUAUAACAAUCAAUAAACGAAUUA